AAAUUUCACUCCCCUUAAUAUAAAUUUGAUUUCUUUCUUAGCAUACACAAAGAAGGGGGAGGAAAGAGGGAGAAGAAUCACAACUUCUAUUCAAUCUUUACUCUUCAACCAAAUUUCCAAAAUCUUUGCUUUUUUCGAUCAAUAAUUCAAUAAUCAAACUCACAAGAUUAAUCCCAAACUUGUUUUUUAGGGCAAAUUCAAAGAAUUUUUGCAAGAAACAAUGUUCUUCUCGGGCGAUCCAUCUGCUCGAAAACGGGUUGAUUUAGGUGGUCGGAGCUCCAAGGAGAGAGACAGGCAAAAGCUUUUGGAGCAAACUAGGUUGGAGCGGAAUCGUCGAAUGUUUCAACGCAAGCAGAAUUCUGCUGCUGUUAAAAUUCAGAAAUGCUACAGAGCCUGGAAGGUUGUUGAAGUUGAACAUAAUAAGGUGCGAGAGAAGUUUUUUGCUACAUACGGGAAGCGCUUCCAGAAUGUUGGCAGACAAUGUUUUGCUCCGGAUUCAAGGUAUCUCUGCGAGUUACUGUUUUUCUUCAAUCCGAGAAAUCGGGAUGACCUCUUUGCUCUUGCAGAGACCUGUCGACUACUUCAGCAUUUUUCUAAAGAUACUGGGGGUGUCAUUUCAUUGUUUACAGGCAUGGAUUAUUCAUCGAACCACAGUGUAGUGGAUUACCGGGUGAAGCAAUUGAGUUAUGCGUGUAUACGUGCUGUUCAUGCUUAUAGUAGUCAGUUCAAGAAACAAUCGUCUUGGUCAGAGUCCAAUCUACAUAUCUUAGCAGGUUUUUUGGAAGCUUUGGUUAAGUUGAUUGAUCCUGAACUUCCAUGGGCUUGUGGAACAAUUAGCUAUCUUUUGCAAAGAAAUACCUUUACCUUGUUUAGAGAGAUAACUCUAGCUGCAAAGGAAAGUUUGAAUUCUCAGAAUAUGAUUGAAGUUUCUUCCUUGGAGCUAGUGCUUACCCUAAUAAUACCACAUGUUGGUGAGAAGCCAUGUGUGUGCCAAAAUGCUGAUCAAUGGUGGAGCUUUUCAUCACAAAUUCUUACUAUACCAUUCUUGUGGAAAUUUUUUCCACACCUAAAAGAGGUCUUUGCUAGGCAGCAGUUGUGCAAGCAUUAUGUACACCAGAUGCUGUCAUAUGUGCGAAGUAACACUCAUGUUCUACCAAAAGAUGUCUCAGCCGAGUAUCCAAGUUAUGCUUGUCUACUUGGAAACACAUUAGAAGCAUCUGCACUUGUUUUAUCAAAGGCUGACUGCUCGUUUGAGAUGGCUAUUGAUUUAGCAGCAGCAGCGACAUUUUUACUGGAGAUGCUACCUCGUCUAAAGUCAGUCAGUAGAGAAACUAGUGAAAAUUCUGCUGUGGAAGAUGAGGAUAUGACUGACGUGGAAGAAUCUAAUGAAAUUGUUUUAAGCAAGGAUUUGGAAUCCCAGAUAUCUAAUGCGAUAGACCCACGGUUUCUUCUCCAGUUGAUAAAUGUUUUGCUGGGAGGAAUUCCUUCGUUCACCAAUAAUAAUGUACCUGAUGAUAGAGAAGUAACAGCUGUUGGGACAGCAUGUGCGUUCCUGCAUGUGACAUUUAACACUUUGCCACUUGAACGCAUUAUGACAAUCCUAGCAUACAGGACUGCUCUUGUUCCUGUUCUUUGGAGCUUUAUGAAGCGGUGUCAUGAGACUCAGAAGUGGUCAUUGGUGGCAGAACGAUCCUCUUAUCUGCAAGAAGGUGUACCUGGUUGGCUGUUACCUCUGGCUGUUUUCUGUCCUGUAUAUAAGCACAUGCUUAUGAUAGUUGAUAAUGAAGAGUUCUAUGAACAGGAAAAACCGUUGGCUCUGAAGGAUAUUAGAUACUUAAUUGUUAUACUACGACAGGCAUUAUGGCAAUUGCUGUGGGUGAAUCCAGUGGCUCCAUUGAACUUGGUUAAGUCUAAUAAUGAGAGUAUGGCUUAUAAGAAGCAGCCAUUAGAAUUUUUGCAGCAUAGGGUCAGCGUAGUUGUGGCUGAGCUUCUCACUCAGUUGCAAGAUUGGAACAAUAGAAGGCAGUUUGCCCCCUCAAGUGACUUUCAUGCAGAGGGUGUAAAUGACUAUUUUAUUUCUCAGGCUAUGCAGGAAAACACUAGGGCACGUGAAAUAAUCAAGCAAGCUCCAUUCUUGGUUCCGUUUACAAGCAGGGUCAAAAUAUUUGCUUCACUGCUGGCUGCAGCAAAGAAAUCAGAUGGUUCUCGUGCCGUCUUUACUAGAAAUCGGGUCAAAGUACGGCGAGAUCACAUUUUGGAAGAUGCUUUUAAUCAGUUGAGUACAUUGUCAGAUGAUGAUCUUCGAGAGCGGAUUCGUGUAACAUUCAUUAAUGAGCUUGGGGUUGAGGAAGCUGGCGUAGAUGGUGGUGGUAUUUUCAAAGAUUUUAUGGAGAAUGUCACUCGAGCUGCUUUUGAUAUACAGUAUGGAUUGUUUAAGGAGACAGCUGAUCACCUACUCUACCCUAACCCAGGGUCAGGUCUAGUCCAUGAACAGCAUCUGCAGUACUUCCAUUUCUUGGGAACAAUUUUGGCAAAGGCAAUGUUUGAAGGAAUUCUUGUGGACAUACCAUUUGCAACAUUCUUCUUGAGCAAACUAAAACAAAAGCAUAACUAUUUAAAUGACUUGCCUUCACUGGACCCAGAACUAUACCGCCACCUUAUAUUUUUGAAGCAUUAUCAAGGUGAUGUUUCAAACUUGGAAUUGUACUUUGUUAUUGUGAAUAAUGAAUAUGGAGAACAAACUGAAGAAGAGUUGAUUCCUGGAGGGAAGAAUAUUCGUGUUACAAAUGAAAAUAUGAUUCCAUUUAUACAUCUAAUAGCGAAUCAUCGAUUGAAUUAUCAGAUACGUCAGCAAAGUUCGCAUUUCCUCAGAGGAUUUCAGCAACUCAUACAAAAGGAAUGGAUUGAUAUGUUCAAUGAGCAUGAACUUCAGAUUCUGAUAUCAGGUUCACUUGAUGGUUUGGAUAUUGACGAUCUACGUUCUAAUACCCAAUACUCAGGCGGAUACCAUGCAGAGCACUAUGUUAUUGAGAUGUUCUGGGAAGUCCUCAAGAGCCUCUCUCAGGAAAACCAGAUGAAAUUUCUCAAAUUCGUCACUGGAUGCUCUCGUGGACCACUUCUUGGAUUCAAAUCCCUGGAGCCUCAGUUUUGCAUACAAAGAGCUGCUGGUAGUGCUUCAGAGGAAGCUCUUGAACGCUUGCCAACAUCAGCAACUUGUAUGAACCUUCUGAAGCUUCCGCCAUAUAGAAGCAAGGAGCAAUUAGAGAGUAAAUUGCUCUAUGCUAUAAGCUCAGAUGCUGGAUUCGACCUGAGUUGAUAUACCCGUGAAUUUUCUGCAACACCAUAUCUCAUUUCUUCAAGUGAUCAGAGACAUGCUCCUUGGGUGUUCUCAAUCGGCAUUCAAUUACAGCCACAAAAGUCCAACAGGCUUAUUUAUUCAUUUUCAAAGGCACCAUCAAGCAAAAUCACACAGGAGAGAGAUGGCCAAGAUCAGGCAAAGAACCAUUGUAAAUAAAAGUAUAUGAUCAACUUGCUUCAUAUACAUGUAUAUGUCUGAGUUCAAAGUUUUAGAAUACUAAGCUUUGCAACGUUGUAUGUAUAGGGUGAUAGCCUACCUUGCAUUGAGCAAUGUUAGCUUUUGUGGAAUCAACAUAUAUUGGCAGGUUUAGAGAAAGCCAUGCUCCUUGAGUGUUAUCAAUUAACAUUCAAUUACAGCCGAUUAAAGAGACCUGAUAUUUUAGACGAGUAUAUUGCUUGUUCAGAACUCAUAUUCAACUAUUCAAGUUUGGCUUAGUUAGGAUAA